UGAGCUCAAUCACCAAUGACAUAUGAACAUUUACUGAGUCGACAGCGAGUGUGAAACAUCCUCUGAAAGCGAAACUACAAAGGAAUGUUCAUCAUCAUCAUCCCCUUCUUCUUCUUCUUCUUCUUCUUUUAGAUUCUAAUUCCAAAAAAACCCAAAACAACCCGAUUUUUUUUCACAGGUAAAUUCUUAAACUAUGGGUGGGGUGACGUCAUCAAUGGCUGCCAAGUUUGCGUUUUUCCCACCCAACCCACCUUCAUACAAGCUGGUUAAAGACGAAGCAACCGGGAUUUCAGUUUUAGACCCUUUCCCUCACCGUGAAAACGUCGACGUAUUGCGUAUCCCGACUCGCCGUGGUAACGAAAUCGUUGCCGUUUACGUUAGGAACCCCAUGGCUACCUCCACUCUGCUUUAUUCACAUGGGAACGCCGCUGAUAUUGGUCAAAUGUAUGAGCUUUUCAUCGAACUCAGCAUCCAUUUAAGAGUCAAUCUCAUGGGGUAUGAUUACUCUGGCUAUGGACAAUCAUCGGGAAAGCCUAGUGAGCAUAAUACGUAUGCCGACAUCGAAGCUGCAUACAAGUGUCUUGAAGAGAGCUAUGGUGCCAAGCAAGAAAACAUCAUCCUUUACGGUCAAUCUGUAGGAAGUGGUCCUACCGUAGAUCUCGCUUCUCGUUUACCUCGACUAAGAGCUGUUGUUCUGCACAGUCCUAUACUAUCGGGUUUAAGAGUCAUGUAUCCUGUAAAACGCACAUAUUGGUUUGACAUCUACAAGAAUAUUGACAAAAUCUCGAUGGUUAAGUCUCCUGUGCUGAUAAUUCAUGGAACUAACGACGAUGUGGUCAACUGCUCUCACGGGAAGCAACUGUGGGAACUUUGCCAAGAAAAGUAUGAACCAUUAUGGGUCAAAGGAGGAAACCACUGUGAUUUGGAACUCUACCCCGAGUACAUUAGGCAUGUUAAGAAAUUUAUAUCCACAGUCGAAAAAACACCUUCACGAAGAAAUGGUUCUCGAAGAAGCACAGAUGGCAUCGAACAAUUGAGGCAAAGCACCGACCAUUAUGAGCCACCAAGGAGGAGUAUGGAUCAAAGGGACAAGCCACGAAGAAGCACCGAUACCAGGGAGAAACCAAGGAAAAGCACUGAUACCAGGGAGAAACCGAGGAAAAGCACUGAUAGACCCCCAAGACUGAAGUUUCACGAGUAUACGAAAUUUAACAGCAUUGACAAGCUCGAAAAGCUUAAAGUAUCAUUAGAUCGUAUGGAAAGAAUGGAGAGAUCACGGAGAAGUGUCGAAUACCAUGAUAAAUCGAGUAGAAGCAACGAUCAACAGCUCGAAAAAGGAAGGAAAAGUGUUGAUUGGUUAGAUAGAAUCCGAGCAGAUUAGAAGCUUUUCUUUUUGUAAAAGUUUGUUCAAAGUGGAAGGGGGGAAUUGGGAUUGAUUUCCACUAAUAACUUAAUUGUUUGUAGAAUUCGAAUGUUGUUAUUCAAAGUUGCAGUUUAACAGUGUGGAGUGUAGAAUUUGCUAUCAUUUCCUUGAGAUUUGUUCUCAUUUGAUCUUUAAUGAAAGAAUCAAAUCUGUUUGUUUCUGUUGUGGAAAUCUCAAAGCUUGUAAUCAACCACUGUAUGGGGUGAAUGAGAAAUUUGGGGGUUUUGUACUCUUUUCAAAGUUUUAAUAAUAUAUUAUUUUUGUUUUAUUUUUA